AAAGUCAAACAUCCGCAGUUUCUACGCCAUUGUUCGUGAAGAGGGAGUACAUAUUUCACAUUUGCUUCACAGCAAACAAUAACGUUGUCCUGGUCGGAUGAAUCACAUCAUAAUUUUGCGACAACUAACUUGAGUAUUUUCCAGAAUGGCGCAACAACCUGUGAAUCCAACAAUGAAUCAGAAAUUUGACGCACCGCCUCCGUAUUUUCCUGAACAAGUGGGAAUGCAUCAACCUCCCCCACCGGGAUUUGUGCAACCAACAAUGACUUCGACGACCACGGUCAUCACCACGGAACCAAUACUUGGCCCCUCUCACCUUGUUGUAACUGGAUACGUUUUGCCCCAAUCCCAUAAAUCGUGUAACAUCCAAUGUCCAUAUUGUCACGCGGACAUCAGCACUGCGACCAGUUCUGAGACCGGAAUGUUGACACAUUUAAUUGCUAUUAUCCUAUGCGUUGUUGUUUGCUGGCCCUGCGUGUGCAUUCCUUAUUGUGUUGACGGCUGCAAAGAUACGAGUCAUCACUGUCCAGCUUGUAAAAGGCAUCUCGGAGUUAUUAAAAGACUCUAACGUUCUAGGACAUUACUACACCCACAGCUCAAAAUGACGUGACCGCUCUGUUGAUGGAACAAUAAUAUCUACGUAAAUACAUAUGCACAUAUUCUGGUGGUGAUGAAUUAUCCAUUGAUAUAUAGCUACUCGUUGACGUUUUAUUUUUAUCAUUAAUCGACUACUUUUCAAUUACAAACUUGUCCAACGCUAUCGGACAGAUGUUAAGUUAAUAAAAUUAUGCCAUUGAAUAAGAA